UGUCUUAUAGUAUGUCAAAUAAAUUGCGCACAGUUAUUAUCCACGAUGACACGGUUACUUUACACUACAUACAAUGUAAGAAUAGUUGAUUAUUAAUACAAACAGUUGGUAAAUAAUUAUGUUGCUCGACUACUUCAGGAUUAUUAUUCUGACCUGGAUAACCAUGUAAACAUGAGAUAUUUUUAGAUUGUUGAUUUACAAAAUAACGAAAAUAUGGAGUUGAAACCUUCAGAUAGAUUUGUUAAUGUAUGUUGCUCUGCUCCGCGAGAGUUUGAAGCAGACGAUGCAACGGAAGCCGAAGUUGCAACCACAGAAAAUUCGUAUAAUGAUGAGAAAAAAUUGGAAUACGGAAUUGAGGAUACCCCUGCCUUCUAUCUUUGUAUUAUAUUUGGUUUACAGCAAGUAUUGCUAGCAAUAAGUUCAACCAUUUCAAUACCACUAAUUGUCGGGAAGCAGAUAUGUGCAGAAGAAUUAGAGUUGGUCAAGUCCCAAAUAAUGUCGACAUUCCUUUUCAUGUGUGGUAUUUGUACCAUUCUACAAGAUACAUUUGGUGUAAGACUUCCAAUAAUCCAAGGAGGGUGCCAUAAGUUCAUUCCUGCAAUUACUGCAUUAAUGGCAUUAGAUAAAUGGAAAUGUCCAUCCCAGUCAGUAAUACAUAAUGCAUUAACGGGAAAUUUGACACUGAACGGUACAAGUGGUAAUUAUACCGAAUUAGAUGUAACAGAAAUGUGGCAGACCAGAAUGAGAGAGAUUCAGGGAGGCAUAAUCGUUGCAUCUGUAACACAAGUCCUGAUUGGUUGUACUGGGAUAUUGGGCGUGUUGUUGCAGUAUAUAGGACCAAUAACAGUUGUUCCAACAAUCACUUUGGUAGGACUGUCCCUGAUCGACGUUGCCUUGAACUUUUGCAAAAUCCAUUGGGGAGUAUCAAUCUUAACAAUAUUUUUCUUGUUACUGUUUUCACUGUAUCUACGUAACAUUUCCUGUCCUAUACCUUCAUGGACGACAAAGAAGAAAUGUUUCAUCACUCAAUUUCCAGUUUUCAAACUGUUUCCAGUGAUUCUAGCAGUGAUGCUGUCUUGGUCAAUAACUGCAAUAUUGACCGAAUAUGAUGUCUUUACGUCCAAUUCUACACUACCAGAAUACAAAGCGAGGACAGACGCUAGAUUACAUGUAGUAAGCAAUGCCAAAUGGUUCUUUUUUCCUUAUCCUGGGCAAUGGGGAGUUCCAACAUUAAGUGUUGCAAGUUACAUGGCAAUGAUGGCAGCUACAUUUACCUCAAUUAUCGAAUCUGUUGGAGACUAUUACGCAUGUGCAAGAAUCUCAUGUGCUCCUCCUCCCCCUGCGCAUGCAAUUAAUCGAGGGAUAGCCAUGGAAGGAUUCGGAAGUAUACUAUCGGGUGCUGUUGGAUCAGGAGGAGCAACUACCUCAUACAGCCAAAAUGUUGGUGCUAUUGGAUUCACAAAGAAUGCAAGUAGAAGAGUCUUCCAAUAUGCAGGGAUAAUAUUUCUCAUAUGUGGACUAUUUGGAAAAGUAGGUGCUGUUCUGACUUUGCUUCCGGAUCCAGUACUUGGUGGUACUGUUGUUCUAAGUUUUGGAAUGGUAACUUCAGUUGGUCUCUCUACCCUUCAGUUUGUUGAUUUAUCAUCUGGCAGAAAUCUGUGUAUUAUAGGCUCGUCACUCUUGCUAGGUCUUAUGGUUCCACGUUAUAUUGAAGAAAAUGCAAAUGCUAUAGAUACAGGUAAUUCUGAACUAGACCAAGUAUUAACAGUACUAUUGAGUACUGCUAUGUUUGUUGGUGGAAUGCUUGGCUUCAUAUUAGAUAAUACUGUUCCAGGGAGCGACGAGGAAAGAGGGAUAAUAAAAUGGAGAAACCAGUUAUCUACAACAGGUGCUACAGAUGAUACCACAUAUCAAUCAACAUAUGACUUACCUUUUAUCAUGCCUUUUUUACGACGAUACAAGUUUUUCUCUUAUAUACCAUUUUUACCAACUUUCAAAUUUGAAUCGCAGUCUAUUUUUCAGAAAUGUUGCAAAUCUAAAAAACCAAAAACAAAUUUAGGUGACAUACAGAAAGAAAAGUAUAUCGGUAUACCUAAUUCAAAUACUAAGGCAGAUAUAGAAAUUCAAUCGAAAAUGUGAUAUUUCAUUAUUUUUUAUAAUCAUUGUUUACAAUUAUUGUUUUAAAAUAAAACUAAAUACACAU